AUGUCUGGCUAUGAUAUAAAUCUAUUCCAACCUAAACCUGAGCAUCACUAUAUUUGUUUAGUUUGCAAUAAAAUUGUAAAGGACCCACAAGAGUGCGGUUAAUGUGGUUAAAUGUACUGCAAUGUAUGUGUAACCCAAAAGCCCACUUGUAAGAGUCCUUCUUGCCAAAAAGUAAUGCCUCAACAAUAUAACAAAAUUUAAGGAGCAAUGCUCAAAGCUUAUAAGAAUUUAACAUUAAGUUGCCCAAAUGUCUCAUGCAAAAAAAUUUUCACAAUUGUAGAUUUUGAGUAACAUCAAACAGAAUGUGUGAAAUCUAAAUGUCAAAAUUAUGAUGUAUGCAAUGAAUUUAUAACAUAAGAGAAAAAUAUUUCAUCAUUAUAUUGCAGUGUUAUUUGUGAAUGUACUGAUUAAUUACAUAAUAAUGCAGGAGUUUCCAAGAAAUAAUUUGAGAUUAUUAAACAGUAUGUAACUCAGUUAUCAAAUUCACCAUCUCAAAUUUAGAGUAUAUAAACUUAAAAUAUUCAAUAACAACCUAUUGUAAUGGGUAAUGGAGGUAUUGUUUUUAAAUGGGACAAAAAUAAAUGUGGAUAAAGUAUUUAAUUGUCGAAUGAUAAUGCUUCUUUGUUUUUGAAAGAAAACUCACACAUUUUCAGAUCGGUGUUGGGAGAUAUUCCUUUUGAAAGGGGGAUUCAUUAUUGGGAAAUUGAAGGAGAUAGUAGAACAGAAAACGAAUUAAAAAUUGGUGUUGUUGUAGGAAAUAACAUAAAUUUAAAUGCUGCAUUUUGUGACUUUCCUCAAGGAUUUGCAUACUAUGGAUUAUCAUAAUUAAGAAAUGGACAAACUAAUAGUGGUUAAUCGUAUGGGAAAAAAUUCAAAAACGAAGGUGUUCUAGGUGUCUGUCUAAAUAUGAAUAAUGGAACUCUGUCCUUCUAAUUAAACAAUGAUUAUAUGGGCAUUGCGUUUAGAUCAGAGUUGCUAAAAAAAGGGCCAAUCUAUGCUGCAGUUGCUGUGUUACAUUGUGGUGGAUGUACAGUAAGAUCUGGAAAACCAGUACCUAAAUAUAUGGAAUGAUAUUUAUUCAAACUCUUUUUAGCAGUCAACUUGUAUUUUCGAUAUAUUUU